GCCCAUUUCGGGACAGGUUGGCCCAUCCCGGUUCGGCCGGUGGCCCUCGCUGUCGAUCGGAGCCCACUCGGCGGUCAGCGGCGCCACCGUUGCCAAGCCGGCGCGAUGCCGAUCUGCCCGCCGUCGUCGGACUCCGCCCCGUCGCCGGGGUUGGGGGGACGCGCGUUGAUAUUCCACGGGCUGGCCCUCGGCGCGGCCGUGGCGGCUGCUGCUGCGGCGGCCUACCUGUACCGGCGGCCGGGCGGGUUCCGCAGCCGCGCGGUGGGCAUCAUACCGGCGCGCUUCGCCUCCUCCCGCUUCGAGGGCAAGCCGCUCGCCCCCAUCCUCGGCAAGCCCAUGAUACAGAGAACAUGGGAAAGAGUUAUGCUAGCCUCCUCUUUGGAUCAUGUUGUUGUGGCAACGGAUGAUGAAAGAAUAGCUGAAUGUUGUAGAGGAUUUGGAGCUGAUGUAAUAAUGACAUCAGAAUCAUGCAGAAAUGGAUCUGAACGUUGCUGCGAGGCUCUUCAAAAGCUAGACAAAAAUUAUGAUAUUGUUGUCAAUAUUCAAGGAGACGAGCCUCUUAUCGAACCAGAGAUAAUAGAUGGUGUGGUCAUGGCACUGCAGCGAACUCCUGAUGCAGUCUUUAGCACAGCUGUCACUGCACUGAAACCUGAAGAUGCAUCUGAUACAAAUCGAGUGAAAUGUGUUUUAGAUAAUCAGGGUUAUGCAAUAUACUUCUCAAGAGGGUUGAUUCCAUUUAAUAAAUCAGGGAAAGUCAAUCCUCAGUUUCCAUACCUUCUUCAUCUGGGAAUUGCGGGCUUUGAUUCAAAGUUUUUGAAGAUUUAUCCAGAGCUUCCACCCACUCCAUUACAGCUAGAAGAGGACCUUGAGCAACUUAAAGUUCUUGAAAAUGGCUACAGGAUGAAAGUAAUCAAAGUUGACCAUGAUGCCCAUGGUGUGGAUGCUCCUGAAGACGUUGAGAAAAUAGAAGCAUUGAUGCGGGCAAGGAACAUCCAGUAGCAUGAAACGGCUUGGUUUUGUACGUUGUGUGGAUACAUGUUCGGUUCGACUGUUCGUGUGCUGGUAUAACUUUUCUGAAGAGCACAUAACAAUAACUUGAGUUUGUUAAUUAUAAGCUGUAUGAAAGUUGAAUUACUGUUUGUAAUGA